AUGCCACUGUAUGCAAAAUUCCUCAAGGAGCUCAUCAACAAGAAGAGAAGUUGGAAUAAAAAGGAGACCGUAAUCUUGACCCAAGAGUGUAGUGCCGUGAUACAAAAAGGCAUUCCACCAAAAUGCAAAGACACUGGGAGCUUCCUCAUAUCAUGCACCAUAGGCAACAUAACAUUAGAAAGAGCUCUCUGUGAUUUGGGUGCCAACAUCAAUUUGAUGCCCCUCUCCAUGAUGAAAAAGCUUGCAAUAGAGGAAGUUAGGUCUACAAGAAUGUCACUUCAAAUGGCUGAUAGAUCACUCAAGAUACCUAAUGGAGUGGUAGAGAACUUAUUGGUGAAGGUUGGAGAAUUUAUCUUUCCUGCCGAUUUUGUCAUUUUGGACAUGGAAGGAGAAGGCUACAACUCAAUUAUCUUGUGUAGACCUUUCUUAGCAACAGCAAGAGCUAUCAUUGAUGUGGAGAAAGGGAAGAUGACCCUCAGGGUGCACAAUGAGCAAAUGAUCAUCAAUAUCUUUAAGGCCAUGCAAUAUGAACCUUCUUAG